UUAUUUUUUUCUGGAGCACUGCUCAGUUCUUGCUUCUGGUGGUGUGAGUGAUUGAACCUAGAACCUUGGAGCCUCAGGCAUUGGAAACUGUUUGUAUAAUCAUUAUGUUUCUCCUCCACACAUUUGAAGUUUUUCUCAGGGUACUAAGAACAGUCUUGAGUGUGGGACUCUGUCCCCAGAACCUGACAUCUGUUUUCUCAUUCAAGUCUCACAAUACCUGUUGUGAGUGAGCCCAGAGUGACUGAGAUGUCUCCAGUUGUGCAGCUUGUAGGUGGUGCUUGGGAUUAGAGCCCAGGACUGUCCGUCUGGGCAUCAUAGUUUGCACUUGACUCUGACACCUGAACAGAGACAUUUUCAGGCACGCUCACCUGUCACUUGGGGUGUUGAGGGCCUCCCAGCAGCUGGGACCCAUUGUCCUUGUGACACCUGUUGUGACCUUCCUUACCCUGUGAAGGCCCUUUGCAGACCCCUUGUUCCCUAUUUCCUACCUUGGGGGGACUCUAGUAACCUGCCACCUAGCCCUGCCCAGUAAUGACGCUCCUUUAGCAGAAGAGCCCAAAGUAGGAAAUACCAUAAAAGGAAGCAAAUGCGUCAGAAACUCAAAGACAAUCUGGACAAGCAGAAAGCAAACAGCAGGUCUGAGGCAGAGCUCUGAGAAUCUGGCUGAAGCUGAAGGUUCCUUGGCUGUGCCUCCAAGGGCAAGGAGCAGGGAAGCAGGACUAUGUGGCUGUGCCCAGCGCUUCUCCUAUUCAGCCUCCCAGGCUGUCUCUCUAUCAUUGCCUUAAAGACUGUGAGAGGCCGGGAGCAGGGCUCGCUGACUGUGCAGUGUCACUACACCUCAGGGUGGCAGAACUACGGGAAGUACUGGUGCCGAGGCCCUUGGAAAACCUGCCGCACCCUUGUUGCAACCACUGGAUCUGAGCAGGAGGUGAGGAAGGGCCGUGUCUCCAUCAGGGAUGACCAUAAAAAGCAGGUUUUCCAUGUGACCAUGAAGGAGCUUCGGCAAAGUGACGCAGGCCUCUACUGGUGCGGGAUCCAGAAGUCGGGAAAUGACCUCUGGGCAAGAGUGACAGUGGACAUUGAGCCAGCGGGGCUGCACACGUCAACAAGCCUGCUCUCCCAGGAUAUGGUCAGCAACCAGAGUGGGAUGAGAUCCGGCCCCCACCCCAGGACCCACUACAUGCUCUUGGUGUUUGUGAAGGUGCCCAUCCUGCUCGCAGUGGUGGGGGUCGUGUUCUGGCUGAAGGGACCUCAGGGGAACCCCAGGGAGCAGUGUGAAGAGCCGUUCUAUGUGAAUUCGUCCUUCAGUCUUCUGAUCCAAGACACAGUCCCCCAGAAAGAGGGGUGAGGAGAAGGUCCUGAGCUUCCACUUCCAGAGGAAACACAUGCUGUGGAGGAGGCAGUGUCUGAGCCACAGCCCUGCUGCCCAGGGACACAGCUGGGCCUCUGGAUGCCGCUGCCUCCUGGAGGACGGGCCCCUUGUUCCCACUUCUUCAAGGUGGCGAGUCCCACUCAGCCCUGGGACUCAGGGAGUAUAACUAGGGGCUGCUGAGAUGCAGCUCAGGUGUGAGAAUGGUUGUGUCGCUGGGCGGCAUGUGGCUCAGGGGACCUCACGCUAGAGGGAGACAGACCUCAUGCGAAGAGACUCAGUUCUGCAUGCAGUGUGCUCCACACAUCUCCCUGGAUUGGGAGCGAUUUCCUUUGGCUUAUCUGCUGCUCACCUCAGGUUGUAUUGAGGCAGAGUUGACAAAUAGAAAUGUAUAGAUCUGAGGUAAACAACGUGAUUUUUUUUUAAACCGAGCUCUAAUGUAAGUAUAAUUUGCCAUACUUACACACAGUAAAAUGAUUACCAUAAUCAAGCUGACACCCCCAUCACCUCAUUAGCUCAUGGGGGGGGGGUGUUGUUGAUUAGCUGUGAUGAGAACACUUAGAUCUACUCUCAGCAAAUCCAAAAAUGCAACACCCAGUUGGGAACAGUAGUCACCACUCUGCACAUUUGCUUUCCAAGCUUACAGCUGAAAGUCUUCCUCUCCUCCUCUUCUUCCUCCUUCUUUUUAAUAUUUUUCUUCUUUAUUCUGGGGAUUAAUGGUUUGCAGCUGACAGUAAAAUACAGUAGUUGGUCCAUGUGUCACAUUUCUCAGUUUCCCACAUGACACUCUAACCCCCCCUCCACCUAGGUCCUCCUCUGCCAUCAUGUUCCAGGAGCUGAAUCACCCCCCAACCCAGAGUCUUUUACUUCGGUGCAAUACACCAACUCCGGUCCAAGUUCUGCUUAGUGUUUUCCCUUCUGUUCUUUGUUUGCAACUUCUAUUUAGCAGUGACAUCAUCCCAUACUCAUCCUUCUCUUUCUGGCUGAUCUCACUUCACAGGAUUCCUUCACGCUUCAUCCAAGAUGAGGUGAAGAAGGUGAAGUCACCAUUUUUAAUAGCUGAGUAGUAUUCCAUUGUGUAUAUAGACCAUAACUUACUCAGCCACUCACCUGUUGUUGGACGCCUGGGCUGCUCCUAGUUUUGGCUAUGACAAACUGUACAGCUGAAAGUCUAGACCUUUGACCCACAUCUCCCUAUUCUCCACAUACCCACCCUCUGCCUUAGUAGUUACCAUUCUACCUCUGGCUCUUUGUGGAGCUUCUCCCUUUAAAUAUCUGUGAGGAUGUGUGAGACCUCCCUCUCUCCCCUCAGCCCUCUAUACAAACUGAUGGGCUCUGGUCUCUCAGCCUCAGGAGAGCAAGAGGAGACCUCACCAGGAAUAAAGAAGGGAGUCUUAUGACCUAGCCUGGUAGCUAGACCCUCUUCUCCUCUCUCUUUGCCCUUCAGACAAUAGGGAACUUCCUCCCACCUCAGACCUAGCUUACAGUCCUGUGCAGUGAUGCUCAUGAGUGUUCCAUAAUGCCCAGGAAGGGCAGAGUGUGAGUCGGGCUAAGACCUUUUGAGUCACGCUGCUGGGGAGUGGGGCACCAGCUCCAGAGAUGUCCUCUAUGAGAAUCCCCUGCAUCCAGUCUCCUAAACCUCUACUAACUUGGGUGACAUGGCAGCUCUGUGAAGGCAAAGCUAGAGCCCAGCCAUUUUCCUGGCUGGUUUAGAUGGUUAAGGGGUCAUUGGUGGACACCUGCCUAGAGUCCACACCUCUCCCAGAGCUUCUGCCAAUGGCAGUAGCCCCUGCUCUAUACUUCAGCUGUUGCUCUCAGAACCAUCAGAGAGACUAUUGGGGUAGGGAUCUGUUGUCUUGUCUGGAAAGACCGCUCCCAACACUCUGUCUUUCUUUGUCUUUCUCUUUCUCUGUGUCUCCUUCUUUCCUCUUUAUGGGAACUUGCCCUUGGCUUCUGGAGAAUGCCAUCAAAAUGACCAAUGGUUUGGCUCAUAUGGGGAAUGUAGAGAAUGAAAGCAUCUAUACUUGCAAAAAUUAAAAAGUAGCCAAACACCUGUGCACUGUCUCUAAGACUUCUUGGGAACUAUCGUGGUUAUAGUUGGUGAUGGCGGUGGGGAGAGGCACACAGAACUUUGGUAGUGGGUGUGGUGUGGAGCAGUGCCUCUAUAACUUUAACACACUGUAAACUGAUAUUAAAUCAUUAACUUAAAAAAAAAAAACAACUGUCAAUCAAGUCUUGCCUAAUGUACCCACAAUCAAGGAAGGGAGAAAAAAUAGAGAUUAAGCGGGCUGGGUAGUGGUGCACCUAGUUAAGGGUACAUAAUACAAAGUGCAAGGACCUGUGUAAGGAUCCGGGUUGGAGACACUGUUUCCC